UGUGUUGUACUUACAAAAUCCGAAUACUUUUUGAGCAGAAGGUAUACUUUAACCAAUAAUAUUCCUCGCAGCUACGUGUCUCCACAAAUUCGUUUUAUGUGAUGUUGUAUGUGUACUUCUCAUUUAGUUUAAAUCCAUAAAGCUACAAGAGUUCGUAGAGUUUGCAUUCUCAGAACAACUCGUAUUUUUCUAAUACUUUCUAAUAGUUUUUAAAGCGGUAUAAAUUUAUUUAAAUUUUUUUAUUCAAACACAAUGGAUUCUGAUAGUGAUGUAUAUGCAGAUGACUUGUCGCAGAUUUCAAGUGACGCGGAAUUUCCUGAUUCAGACAGUGAAAGUGACGAGGAAUUAUUUCGCCCUACAAGAAAUCGAGUUUUGCCAAUACCAUCAUCUAGCGACUCCGAAGACAGUGAUGACGAAGUGCUUGAUUGGUCAACAACUGAUAAGGUACCAAUUAUUGAACAAUUUCAUGGAGGGGACGUUUGUCAUUUAAAGUUUAUAAUGCAUCAAAAAUUAUAAAAUAUGGUUUACU